GGUCCAGCAGCUGUUUUCUCUUCACCUGGCCUCCGUUCAUCACUGACUAUACUCUGAAGCCUGAUCUCACCUGUCCUCAGACCUGAACCCACAGUGCAGCCAUGGGGGACGCGGAGAUGUCAGUGUAUGGGCCGGCAGCCUCGUACCUGAGGAAGUCAGACAAGGAGCGCAUGGAGGCAUCCACGCGCAUAUUCGACAUAAAGAAGGAGUGCUUCAUCCCGGAUCCAGUGGAAGAGUUUGUGAAGGCAUCCAUCACCAGCCGAGAUGGAGACAAGGUCACUGUGGAGACGCAGAAUGGGAAGACUGUGACCGUAAAGGACACGCAGAUUCUGCAACAGAAUCCCCCAAAGUUUGACAAGAUUGAGGACAUGGCCAUGUUGACCUUCCUCCACGAGCCUGCUGUGCUGUUUAACCUCAAAGAGCGUUAUGCAGCCUGGAUGAUCUACACCUACUCGGGGCUCUUCUGUGUGACUGUCAACCCCUACAAGUGGCUGCCGGUGUACAACCAGGAGGUGGUCGCUGCCUACAGAGGAAAGAAGAGGAGUGAAGCUCCUCCUCAUAUCUUCUCCAUCUCUGACAAUGCCUAUCAGUACAUGCUGGCAGACCGUGAGAACCAGUCGAUUCUGAUCACCGGAGAAUCUGGUGCGGGAAAGACUGUCAACACAAAAAGAGUCAUCCAGUACUUUGCCAGUAUUGCAGCUGGAGGAGUAAAGAAAGACUCCAACACUAAAGACAAGGGAACCCUGGAGGAUCAAAUCAUCCAGGCUAAUCCUGCUCUGGAGGCCUUUGGGAACGCCAAGACCAUCAGGAACGACAACUCCUCUAGAUUUGGUAAAUUCAUCAGAAUUCAUUUUGACAACCGAGGAAAACUGGCCUCUGCUGAUAUUGAAACUUACCUUCUGGAAAAGUCUCGUGUGACCUUUCAGCUCAAAGCUGAGAGGGACUACCACAUCUUCUACCAGAUCUUGUCUCAGAAAAAGCCUGAGCUUCUGGAGAUGUUGCUCAUCACCAACAACCCCUAUGACUACGCCUUCAUCUCCCAAGGAGAGACAACCGUAGCCUCCAUCAAUGACGCUGACGAGCUGAUGGCCACUGACGAUGCCUUUGACGUGCUGGGCUUCACUCAAGAGGAGAAGAACGGCAUUUACAAGCUGACUGGAGCCAUCAUGCACCACGGCAACAUGAAGUUCAAGAACAAGCAACGAGAGGAGCAGGCCGAGGCUGACGGCACUGAAGUUGCGGACAAAGUUGCAUACCUGAUGGGCCUGAACUCUGCUGACCUCAUCAAAGGUCUCUGUCACCCAAGAGUCAAAGUAGGAAACGAGUGGGUCACCAAGGGUCAAAAUGUCGCUCAGGUGACCUACGCUGUUGGGGCUUUAUCUAAGGCUGUCUAUGAGAAGAUGUUUCUCUGGAUGGUCAUAAGAAUCAACCAGUCACUGGAGACCAAACAACCCCGCCAGUACUUCAUUGGUGUACUGGACAUCGCUGGAUUUGAGAUCUUUGAUUUCAACACCUUCGAGCAGCUGUGCAUCAACUUCACCAAUGAAAAACUGCAACAGUUUUUCAACCACCACAUGUUUGUGCUGGAGCAGGAAGAGUACAAGAAAGAGGGCAUUGAAUGGACUUUCAUUGAUUUUGGUAUGGACCUGCAGGCCUGUAUCGACCUGAUUGAAAAGCCCAUGGGUAUCAUGUCCAUCCUUGAAGAGGAGUGCAUGUUCCCCAAAGCCUCAGACACCAGCUUUAAAGCUAAGCUCUACGACAACCAUCUGGGAAAAUCUGCAAACUUCCAGAAGCCCAGAGUUGUCAAAGGGAGACCAGAGGCCCAUUUUGCCCUGAUGCAUUACGCUGGAACUGUUGAUUAUAACAUCAACAACUGGCUGGUGAAGAACAAAGAUCCUCUAAAUGAGACUGUUGUUGGACUCUACCAGAAGUCAAAUCUAAAGCUGUUAUCUGUACUCUUUGUACAUUACGCUGGAGCUGACUCAGCUAUGGGCGAGGGUACUGAGGGCAAGAAAGAGAAGAAGAAGAAGGGAUCCUCAUUUCAGACUGUGUCCGCUCUUCAUAGGGAGAACCUGAACAAGCUGAUGACCAACCUGCGGUCCACUCACCCUCACUUUGUGCGCUGCAUCAUCCCCAAUGAGACCAAGACUCCUGGGGCCAUGGAGAACCCUCUGGUGAUGCACCAGCUGCGCUGUAACGGUGUGCUGGAGGGCAUCAGGAUCUGCAGGAAGGGCUUCCCCAACAGGAUCCUCUAUGGAGAUUUCAAACAGAGAUAUCGCAUCCUGAAUCCUGCUGCCAUCCCUGAGGGUCAGUUCAUUGACAGCAAAAAGGGAGCAGAGAAACUUCUUGGGUCUCUGGACAUUGACCACAACCAAUACAAGUUUGGACACACAAAGGUGUUCUUCAAGGCUGGACUGCUGGGUCUCCUUGAAGAGAUGAGAGAUGAGCGUCUCUCCAAAAUCAUCACUGCUAUUCAAGCAAGAGCCCGUGGCCUUUUGUCACGUAUUGAGUAUCAGAAAAUGGUGGAACGCAGAGAUGCACUAUUGGUGAUCCAAUGGAAUGUGCGUUCAUUCAUGGGGGUCAAGAAUUGGCCCUGGAUGAAGCUGUUCUUCAAGAUCAAACCUCUGUUGAGAUCUGCUGAAGCAGAGAAAGAGAUGGCCAACAUGAAGGAAGAAUUCUUGAAACUGAAAGAGGCUUACGCAAAAUCUGAAGCCCGCAGGAAGGAACUAGAGGAGAAAAUGGUCUCUCUUCUCCAAGAAAAGAAUGACCUGCAGCUCCAAGUUCAAGCAGAGCAAGAUAACCUCUGUGAUGCAGAAGAAAGAUGUGAGGGGCUGAUCAAAAAUAAAAUUCAACUUGAGGCAAAAGCCAAAGAGCUGACAGAGAGGCUGGAGGAUGAGGAGGAGAUGAACGCUGAACUUACAGCUAAGAAGAGGAAGCUGGAGGAUGAGUGUUCAGAGUUAAAGAAGGACAUUGAUGACUUGGAGUUAACUCUGGCCAAAGUGGAGAAAGAGAAGCACGCCACUGAGAACAAGGUGAAGAACCUGGUCGAGGAGAUGGCAGCUCUGGAUGAAAUCAUUGCUAAGCUGACCAAAGAAAAGAAAGCGUUACAGGAAGCUCAUCAGCAAACACUGGAUGACCUGCAGAGUGAAGAAGACAAAGUCAACACUCUGACCAAGGCCAAGGCUAAGCUGGAGCAGCAAGUAGAUGAUCUUGAAGGAUCUCUUGAGCAAGAGAAGAAAGUGCGUAUGGACCUCGAGAGAGCCAAGAGGAAGUUGGAGGGAGACUUAAAGUUGAGCCAAGAGACUGUAAUGGAUCUGGAAAAUGACAAGCAACAGCUGGAGGAGAGACUGAAGAAGAAAGACUUCGAGGUCAGCCAGCUGAACGGUAGAAUCGAGGAUGAGCAGGCGAUAACCAUUCAGCUUCAAAAGAAACUGAAGGAGCUCCAGGCCCGCAUUGAGGAGCUGGAGGAAGAGCUGGAGGCAGAGCGAGCUGCCCGAGCUAAGGUGGAGAAGCAAAGAGCAGACUUGGCCAGAGAGCUGGAGGAGAUCAGUGAGAGGCUGGAGGAGGCUGGUGGAGCAACAUCUGCCCAGAUUGAGAUGAACAAGAAGAGGGAGGCAGAGUUCCUGAAGCUCCGCAGAGACCUUGAAGAGGCCACUCUGCAGCACGAAGCCACUGCUGCCACUCUCAGGAAGAAACAGGCCGACAGUGUCGCUGACCUCGGAGAGCAGAUUGACAACCUGCAGAGAGUCAAACAGAAACUGGAGAAGGAGAAGAGUGAGCUCAGGCUGGAGCUGGAUGAUGUGGUCUCCAAUAUGGAACAUAUUGUCAAGUCUAAGACUAUCAUGGAGAAGAGCUGCCGAACUUUGGAGGAUCAGAUGAAUGACUACAGGAGCAGGUGUGAUGAAUAUCAGAGAUCCCUUAAUGACUUCACCACCCAAAAAGCCAAGCUUCAAGCUGAGAAUGAUGAGUAUUCAAGACAGCUGGAGGAGAAGGAGUCACUGAUCUCUCAGCUGACCAGAGGGAAGAAUUCCUACAACCAACAACUUGAGGAUCUGAAAAGACAACUCGAGGAAGAAGUCAAGGCCAAGAAUGCCCUGGCCCAUGCAGUGCAGUCUGCUCGGCAUGACUGUGACCUGCUCAGAGAGCAGUAUGAAGAAGAGCAGGAGGCCAAGGCUGAACUCCAGCGCGGCAUGUCCAAGGCCAACUCUGAGGUGGCUCAGUGGAGAACUAAGUACGAAACUGACGCCAUCCAGAGAACCGAGGAACUGGAGGAGGCAAAGAAGAAGCUGGCUCAGCGUCUGCAGGACGCCGAGGAGGCUGUGGAAGCAAUGAAUGCUAAAUGUUCCUCUCUGGAGAAGACCAAACACAGACUGCAGAAUGAGAUUGAAGAUCUCAUGGUAGAUGUGGAGAGGUCAAAUGCUGCUGCGGCUGCUCUGGACAAGAAGCAAAGAAACUUUGACAAAGUCCUCUCUGAGUGGAAGCAGAAGUACGAGGAGUCUCAGUGUGAGCUGGAGAGCUCUCAGAAGGAGGCCAGGUCUCUGAGCACUGAACUCUUCAAACUGAAGAACUCCUAUGAGGAAGCUCUGGAUCAUCUGGAGACUAUGAAGAGGGAGAAUAAGAAUCUACAAGAGGAGAUCUCUGACCUCACUGAGCAACUCGGUGAGGGAGGAAAAACCAUUCAUGAGUUGGAGAAGGUCCGUAAGCAGCUUGAGCAAGAGAAGGGUGAGAUUCAGUCGGCCCUGGAAGAAGCAGAGGCUUCCCUGGAGCAUGAAGAGGGCAAGAUCCUGAGAGCUCAGCUUGAGUUUGCCCAGAUUAAGGCGGAAAUAGAACGCAAACUAGCCGAGAAAGAUGAGGAGAUGGAGCAGACAAAGAGGAAUCUGCAGAGGACCAUUGACACCCUGCAGAGCUCCCUUGAGGCCGAAACUCGCAGCAGGAACGAGGCCCUCCGUUUGAAGAAGAAGAUGGAGGGAGACCUCAAUGAGAUGGAGAUCCAGCUUAGCCAGGCCAACAGGCAGGCGGCCGAGGCCCAGAAACAACUGAAGGCUGUUCAUGCACAUCUGAAGGAUGCUCAGCUCCAGCUGGAUGAGUCUCAACGAGCCAACGAUGAUCUCAAAGAGAACAUUGCUAUCGUUGAGAGGCGCAACAACCUGCUGCAGGCUGAAGUGGAAGAACUGAGGGCUGCUCUGGAGCAAACUGAGAGAGGUCGCAAACUUGCUGAACAAGAGCUGCUGGAUGUUAGUGAGAGAGUGCAGCUACUGCACUCACAGAACACCAGUCUUCUAAACCAAAAGAAGAAGCUGGAGGCGGACACUUCCCAGCUUCAAACUGAAGUGGAGGAUGCAGUGCAGGAGUGCAGGAAUGCUGAGGAAAAGGCCAAGAAGGCCAUUACUGAUGCUGCCAUGAUGGCUGAGGAGCUGAAGAAAGAACAGGAUACCAGCGCCCACCUGGAGCGUAUGAAGAAGAACAUGGAGCAGACCAUCAAAGACCUGCAGCACCGUCUGGAUGAAGCUGAGCAGAUCGCCUUGAAGGGAGGGAAGAAGCAGCUCCAGAAGCUGGAGGCCAGGGUGAAGGAGCUGGAAAGUGAGGUGGAGAUGGAGCAGAAGAAAAGCAGUGAAGCUGUAAAGGGAGUCCGCAAAUAUGAGCGCCGUAUCAAGGAACUUACCUACCAGACUGAGGAGGACCGCAAGAAUAUUGCCAGGCUUCAAGAUCUGGUAGAUAAGCUGCAACUGAAAGUGAAAGCCUACAAGAGAUCCUCCGAGGAAGCUGAGGAACAAGCCAAUGUUCAUCUUGGCAAGUUCCGCAAGCUGCAGCACGAGCUGGACGAAGCCGAAGAGAGAGCUGACAUCGCAGAGACUCAGGUCAACAAGCUUCGUGCCAAGAGCCGUGAUGCUGGCCCAAAGAAAGGGUUUGAGGAGGAGUGAACCUGCGGAACCUUUGGAGAAACACUUUGGUGUGCUGUGUGCCAUAGAUCCCCUAAACUAUCACUAUUCACAUCCUGUAGUCCUUAAUAAAACCUCAUUCAGCA